UAGUUUUACUCUUUGUUCAAAUACAAAUUAUGUCAGAACCAAUGGACUUUGACGACUAUCCAAGAGAUCGCUCAAGAUCUCCUGCUAGAGGCGGAAACGGCGGCCAAGGACGUCGUGACAGAUCGCGUUCUCCUCGUCGUGGAAGCGGAGGUAGUAGAGAUUUGUUCUCAUCCUACAGAGGUGCUCCGAGACGUGGUGGUCACCAAAGAGGUGGAUUUGCUCCAAGAGGAAACGAGUAUGAAGUCAAAUCAAACAGAAAGUACGAAAACUCGAUUUUUGUUGGAAACUUGCCAUAUAAUGUGCAAUGGUACGAAUUGAAAGAUCAUUUCGCAAACGCUGGUCCUAUAGUCAGGGCAGAUAUUGUUACCAAUCAUGGCAGACCACGUGGUAUGGGAACGGUGGAAUACGCCUCGAGAGAUGUAGCUCAAAGAGCCAUCAAUCUUUACGACAGAACCCUUUUCAUGGGCCGUGAAAUUUUCGUUAGAGAGGAUCUACCACCACCAGAGAAGAAAAAUGAUUUCAGGCAAGAUAGAUUUGACAAAACAGAUAGGUAUGAUGCCCAGGAAAGUAGAUAUUCUAGGUCCUCUAGAGAUACUUACACUCCGGCUCCUACUAGAAGAGAAAGAGAUUUCAGAAAAGAGCCAGCCAAGGGCUUUGAGGUUUUUGUUGGUAACUUACCCUUCACUGUUAGAUGGCAAGAUCUUAAGGAUCUUUUCAGAGAGUUUGGUGAUGUUGAAAGAGCAGAUAUCAUUGAAACUUCAUAUGGUAAGUCUAGAGGAAUGGGUACUGUGCAUUUCGUCAAUGAGCAAGAUGCCGAAAAUGCAAUUUCCAAGUUGAACGACUAUGAAUGGUUUGGUAGGAGAAUUGAAGUCAGACCAAGCAAAUUCCCGAGAUCAGAAGAAAGCGCAUCGGUCGCAGCGCCAAAGAUAAGAACUGACGGAUUAUCAAAGAACACUGAGUUCACCCUGGGCGUCACUGCUGACGGCGAUGAGUCUCCAAUUCUUUUUGUUGGUAAUUUACCAUGGGAAACUGCUGAGUCAGAUUUGUUUGAGUUGUUUGGAUCUGUUGCUACUGUUGAAAAGGCAGAGUUGCAAUACGGCCGUGGGGGGAGACCUUCAGGAAAUGCUGUUGUGAAGUUUGCUGAUGUCAAUACUGCGCUGUCUGUGAUUGACCAGUUGAAUGGCUACGAUUAUGGUAACAGAAGUUUGAGAAUCAGUUUUGCCAAAUAUCCAGAUUCUGAACAGCUGGAGGUUUUGCUCAGAGAAGCUGGCCUAAAAGUCAAAACAGAUAAUGUUUCAAUUGAAGACCUUCCAGCCGAAGAUUCCCACUCGGUAGUUCAAACAGAACAACCUUUGGAGACUGUUGAACUUCAAGCUGGUAAUGCUCCUAUUGAUGCACCAGUGGAUGAACCUGUGGAUGAACCUGUGGAUGAACCUGUUGUUGCACCUGCUGAAGAGGUGCAAUCAAAUGAAGUUGCUGAUUACGGUGAUGAGAUGAUUGAAGAGUAAGCUCAUUAAUUGCAGUUUGUAAAAUACAAAAAAAAAGUAUUUUAUAUAUUAUCACAUUAAAAAAUGUACAAUUAUCAAACUUAUCGGUUUGCGCAGUAUUGCCUAUCAGGAUUUUACGUUUGAAUCUUAUAUUAGGAAGUAAAUAUAUAAUUUACAAAAGCGUUAGAAAAUAAA